GAACGUGGCAACCGACGCGCGAUCGAUAUUCCGCUCAACUAUACGGCAUCCGACCAGGUCGAUGAACAACGUGUAGCCUAUUGGAGAGAGGAUAUUGGCGUCAGUUUGCACCAUUGGCAUUGGCAUUUGGUGUACCCAUCUUCUGGGCCAGAGCUAGUUGUACGCAAGAAUCGGCGAGGGGAAUUGUUUUACCAUAUGUAUCAACAGACCAUAGCUCGCUAUAACGUUGAGCGAUUUGCGAACGGCUUGCCACGUGUCCGAUCGUUCAGUCGGCUAAGAGAAGUAAUUCCGGAGGCAUAUUUUCCUAAAAUUGUCAGAACUUCGGACGGUAGAGCUUAUUCAGCUCGUUAUCCCAAUCAGGUGUUGAAUGAUAUAAAUCGAGCUGAAGAUAACUUUGUUGUCAAAAUAGAAGAUAUGGAGUCAUGGAUUCAUAGGAUAUUUGAAGCUAUUGAUAAUGGAACCGCAAAAGGAGCGAACGGUGACCCAAUUCCUCUUGACAACAAUCAUGGAAUAGAUAUCCUAGGUGAUAUGCUUGAAGCCAGUACACUCUCCGUAAACCCGGCAUAUUAUGGAGAUUAUCACCAAAAUGGGCAUGUAAUGUUGGGUUAUAUUCACGAUCCCGAUAAUUCUUAUUUGGAGGGCGUUGGCGUAAUUGGCGAUAAUACAACAACUAUGCGCGAUCCUUUAUUUUAUCGUUGGCAUCAGCAUAUUGAUGAUAUAUUUGUGAGACAUAAACAGCGUCUUCCAGCCUAUUCACAUCAAGAUCUUCAAUUUAGCGAUGUGUCUAUCAACUCAUACGCUGUUCAGCUCCACAAAACCGAUGCGCUCAAGAAUGUGCUUCUGACGUUUUGGCAACGAACACAGUUCGAUCUAGGCACCGGGCUCGAUUUCGUUCCAAACGGAAACCUUUUCGUGACCUUCACACAUAUUCAACAUGCUCCGUUUGCUUAUCACAUUCAAGCGACUAAUCACAGCAACACGUAUAAACGCGACUAUGUGCGACUAUUUCUAGGGCCCAAAGUGGAUCACAGACGUCAGCGCAUGUCAUUCCAAGAUCAACGGAGACAUAUGGUGGAGCUUGAUAAAUUCCUUGUGGAGUUAAGACCAGGAUCGAAUACUAUUAUCCGGCAAUCGGAGCAAUCAAACUUAACCAUCCCUUAUGAACGUACAUUCCGAAACAUAGCCAGCUCUAGGGAGCCUGAUUCGAAAUCAUUUCAAUUUUGCAAUUGUGGGUGGGCAUCACACUUGUUGCUGCCAAAAGGUUCAACCGAUGGUAUGGAAUAUGAGUUUUUUGUUAUGAUUUCUGAUUACAAUCAAGACAGAGUGGAGGAAAUUGAUGAGCACAACAAUUGCAACGAUGCUCAUCUGUUUUGUGGUCUUCGUGAUCGUAAAUACCCUGAUGCUCGCAAUGGAUAUCCGUUCGAUCGAUUCACAGCUUCUUCAGCUUUCAGAUUCGGUGUCAUGGGAGAUAAUACAACCGCGAUGCGUGACCCAGUUUUCUAUCGUUGGCAUCAGCAUAUCGAUAACAUAUUCGAGAGACACAAGCAGCGGCUCAAUCCGUACACGACUCAGGAGGUUUGUCAUCAUUUCUCAGCUGAAAAUUCAGUUUUUACUCAUAAGUUAGGCAUUGUUAUGUCAUCGCUUAAAAAUCAGUUCCACGGGUUGUUGCAGCAUCCGUAUGAACCACUAUUUAUCCCAAAAAACAAUGGGCAAUUGUUGUACGACCUUCCCGACCGAUUCUUUACGGAACGCUAUCGUGUGAUCGGUCAAAAUUUGAUCAAUCGAUUCAGUACAGCAGCAACAGCAACAGCCGGAACUAGUGCUGAUACACCCGUACCUAGUCGAGUUACUUUAAAAGACAUUCCAGAACCGAACCUUCAAUUCGCAGAAGUCAUUUCUCGACGCAGCGGGUUUUCAUUGUUUAUUCCCCAACAUCGUAAGAUAGCUGGACAGCUAAUUGAGUUCUUCAUUUCGCAGCCGGAUGCUGAAUCAUUAGUCGCAGCAGCAGCGUUUGCGAGAGAUCGCCUUAACGCUCCCCUGUUCCAAUAUGCACUAUCUUCAGCGCUACUUCAUCGAAGCGAUACCAAUGAUGUUCCUGUUCCAUCAUUUUUGCAUCUAUUCCCUGAUCAGUUUGUUGAUCCCGCUGUUUUCCCUAAGUUGUUGGAGGAAGGUCGAGCUGUGCUUCAACCUAAUCGGAUGGCUAUAGACGUUCCUAUGAAUUAUACUGCCUCAGAAAGCAUUCAAGAGCAGGCGAUGGCCUACUUUCGAGAAGAUAUCGGCGUUAACUUACAUCACUGGCAUUGGCACCUUGUAUAUCCAGCCGAUGGGCCUGCUAGUGUAGUUCGUAAAAAUCGGCGUGGUGAACUCUUUUAUUACAUGCAUCAGCAAAUGUUGGCAAGAUAUCAGAUUGAUCGCUUCAGUAACGGUCUAUCGCGCGUUCCAGUGCUUAACAACUUUCGGAAUCCGAUAGCAGAAGCAUACUAUCCAAAAAUCAUACGAAGCGCAAACAAUCGUACUUAUCCAGCUCGAUAUCGAAACAUGGUAGUGACAGAUGUUAUCAGACCUGACGAUCAGCUACAGGUUAUAAUAAGUGAAGUAGAGCUCCAGUUACAAAGGAUUUCAGAAGCGAUUGAUGCAGGAUCAAUAGUGGCAUCCAAUGGAAAACGAAUACCACUCAAUAAUUUUAAUGGAAUAGAUGUGCUAGGAAACAUCGUUGAAAGCUCGGCCAUUUCGGCGAAUGGAACCUUUUACGGUGAUACUCACAAUAGUGGCCACAUUUUACUUGCUUUCAUUCAUGACCCAACAGGCGAUUAUUUGGAAAGCUUUGGGGUUAUGGGUGAUGUCACCACGGCUAUGCGAGACCCCAUUUUUUACCAAUGGCAUGCAUAUGUUAACAACAUUUUCGUAAGGCACAAGAACUUAUUCUCUCCCUAUACGGCUGACGACCUUUCAAACGCUGGAGUGAAUAUCGUAAAUUUCGGAACAGAGCUUGAUAGACAGAGUUCAGUGAAAAAUGUACUCUUAACAUUUUGGCAACGAACACAGAUCGAUCUAGGUGCUGGACUUGAUUUUGGCCCAGAAGGAAACGCUUUCGUCACAGUCACCCAUCUCCAGCACGCAGCAUUCAGUUAUCGUUUUCAGAUUAUUCUGUCUGGUACAGCGCGGGAAGGUACGGUACGCAUAUUUCUGGCGCCAAAGCGAAACGAGCGAGGUCAAGCAUUGACCUUUGACGAGCAGCGUCGCUUAGCAAUCGAAAUGGAUACGUUUCGUAUUAACCUGAAAUCGGGUGUAAAUAACAUUCUACGUCGAUCGACCAACUCUAGUGUCACCAUCCCAUAUGAACGUACUUUCCGCAACGUUUCACAAUCAAACGCUGGCGAUUCAUCUUUCCGCUUUUGCGGAUGCGGAUGGCCUUCACACAUGCUUCUUCCCAAAGGCGACUCCAUUGGAGCGGAAUACGACUUGUUCGCAAUGGUUUCUGAUUACACAAAAGAUAGAGUCAAUCCACAAUUUGAUGAAAAAGUCGGAUGCAACGAUGCCCACUCGUUCUGCGGGCUGAGAGAUCGAACAUAUCCCGACGCACGAAACAUGGGCUUCCCGUUCGAUCGUCGUGUUGGGAAUAAUAUACGAUCGUUUGCAGACUUUGUUGCCCCUUACCAAAAUAUGCGUAUGGUACAAAUAACGAUUCGAUUUACAAAUACAGUGGUGGCAAGAACAAUUAUUAUUUGGAGAGCUUCUCCAAAGCAUCAGUUCUCAAGUGUGCUACCAGUUCAUCCAGUGAUAGUUCGUAAACAUUUUUUUACAAUGUCGGAUGUCUAUGUUGGAUUUUUGUGUCUUAUGACCCGCCCAACGGAGCCUCUGUUCUAUCCUAAAUACAAUGGCGAAGUAUUCAUGGAUGUGCCAGCGGAAUAUUUAUCUAGUCGAUACAAAGUAGUGGCUGAUGGGAUCAAAAAUCGUUUCGGUUCGAUUGCUAAGCAACAAGUUAUUAUUAAAUCGAUCGACUUACCGGAUAUAAGCUACGCGACACUUGUUCCACGACGUGGAGACUUUAAUCUAUUCAGUACUGCACAAAGGAAAGUGGCUGGACAGCUUGUGUCCGAUCUAAUCGCUCAACCGGAUGCCGAAUCCAUGCUUUCUCUGGCAACCUAUGCCAGGGACCGUAUAAACCCCACGUUGUUUCAAUACGCUCUCUCAAUCGCAUUAAUGCACAGGCAAGACACCAGAAACGUUCCAAUUCCAUCGUUUUUAGAAAUGUUCCCUACACGCUUUGUGGAUCCAAUGGUUAUCCCGCAGGCUCGUGAAGAAGGAUUCAUAGUUGAGCAGGGAGCACGUGUUUCGAUAGACAUACCCGUCAACUUUACCGCUUCAGAUAAUGAGAUCGAACAACGGUUGGCUUACUGGAGAGAAGACAUCGGUUUGAACCUUCACCAUUGGCAUUGGCAUAUAGUUUAUCCUCAGGAAGGUCCGCUUGAAGUAGUAAACAAGGAUCGUAGAGGCGAGCUAUUCUAUUACAUGCAUCGUCAGAUAGUCGCACGGUAUAACGUAGAACGAUUCUCUAGUCUGUUAUCAGCUGUAAAACCGUUGUUGAAUCUUCGUGAACCAAUACCUGAAGCAUAUUUUCCCAAAAUAUUGAACAGUGCGUUAAACAGAACGUAUCCCGGGAGAGCAGCAAACCAAAUGAUAAGCCACGUGAAUCGGCCCGAAGACGAUGCAGUUUCUACGAUCUUGGAGAUGGAGACAUCCUUGGGCCGAAUAAAGGAAGCAAUACUAUCGGGAUUCAUUUUGGCGGACAAUGGGUACCGUAUUCCUCUAGAUGAGCAAAGUGGAAUUGAUCUGCUGGGAAACAUAGUUGAGAACUCUUUGCUUUCAAAGAAUCUAGCUUACUAUGGGAACUACCACUCUUUGUUACAUUCCAUGAUCGGGUUUAUGCAUGAUCCCGAUAAUCUUUACUUAGAAGGUCAUGCUGUAAUGGGAGAUUUCCCAACCGCUAUGCGAGAUCCAGUGUUUUACCGCUUGCAUAGCCAGGUGGAUGACGUUUUUGAUCAACACAAACAAAAACUGCCUGCAUAUAAGGACAAGGAUCUUGCUUUCCACGGAAUUACUAUUACAGACGUCGCUGCGCAUUUAACGAGCGGAAAAUCGAUCAAGAAUAGAUUGCUCACAUUCUGGCAGAGAUCACAAGUCGACCUGGGAGCAGGGUUGGAUUUUGGCCCGCAGGGUAAUGUAAUCGCUACGUUUACGCACAUACAACAUGCUCCGUUUGCCUAUCAGAUUAUGGUUUUUAAUGAAUCGAAUCAGCAGAAAACAGCAACUGUUCGCAUCUUUUUAGCUCCUAUUAAUGAUGAUAAAGGAGAACAGAUUCUGCUGCAAGAUCAACGGCGUUUCAUAAUUGAAUUGGACAAAUUUGUUAUAAAACUGCAUCCUGGCGAAAAUCGCAUUAUACGAAAAUCCAGCGAAUCCAGCGUUACCAUACCGUACGAACGAACCUUCCGUCGUGUUGAUGCUUCCAGUAUUCCCGGAACGGAGGGUUUUCGAUUCUGCAAUUGUGGCUGGCCAGAUCACAUGCUGUUGCCCAAGGGCACUUAUAAUGGGCAAAUGUUUGACUUAUUUGUUAUGCUUUCCAAUUAUAACGAUGAUGUGGUGCAAUCGGAAAUUAUGCCUACCGAUGACUGUAAUGAUUCACAUUCGUACUGUGGGCUUCAAGAUCAGAAGUAUCCAGAUAAACGUGCUAUGGGGUUUCCAUUUGAUAGAAUUCCUAUUCCUGAGGAUCACAUGAUGCGAGAUUUUGUAUCUAGAUUUUCGAAUAUGGAGCGUGCCGUGUUGGAAAUUGUUUUCACCAAUACAAUUAUUUCGCGUACAUAAUGGCAGAUAUUGUAUAAAAAUUGCCGCCAACUGAAAAUUAUGUAUCAAUAAGAAGCAUAAAAAUAACAGACGAGAUACCUUUGGAACGCGAUUGAGAUGGCUGAUGAGACGGAAAUACUUUCAGCCGCGUUCAUCGUCGCCGCUUGAGAGCGCGUCGGACUUGGAUCGAAUCCGGACUCGACAACGCGAUUUGAUGCCCCUUUUUUCCAUAAUUCUCGCUCUUUUCGAAUAAAUAAAUGCAUCUAAUUGUCGUACGAUAAUGGUAAAACGUCUCACUAAUUAAUUUGAUCCAAUUUUUACCCGAACUUUGGCCGUUUUUCCAGUUGCACCGUAGCUGAUCGUGUUCAAAGAAACAGCCGGCAGAAAAUGCAUUUUUCAUCUUUCUAGCCUCAAUUCUUCGUCAAAAAAGUGUGCAAGAUGUGCAUGCACAAAUGAUACAAUUUUUACUUGAUUAUGCAAGUGCAUUUACCUGCAUUUAUGCCCCGAAACGAAGAAGGACAGAACUGUCAUUCUCAACAUAAAAUAAACGGAAAUGAUGAUCGCUUUUCCGCACCGUUUUCCACGGUUGUAACGAAGCAGAAUGAUCAUCCCACCUUCUCUACAAAGGUGCCGCAGGUGUUACGAUGAAGCACACAGAUCCAGAUACGAAAACCGUGGAAGAAAAUGGUAUCAUCGGCCGAGCUAAGGAAUGAUAAAAAUGCAGCGCGAUCUCCGCCCACGACAGCAAGGAAGGACGCGCGUGUCCUUGCGAGGGCGAUCGCUGCCAAGCCUCUCGAGAUCACAAGAAACGAAAGGGUUCAAGUGGAUCUGACUAAAACAAAUGGAUACUUUUGCUAGCGCAAUUGCCUAAUCAGCAAGGAACAGCACUACAAUAGCAGAACAAUUGGCAACAGCAUCCGGUGGCCAGUACAAAGCCAACACAAACUGCGCAGAAUGUUCCAACAUUGAAGGCCAACCCCACCCGGCAGUGAAGAGGACGUGUUCGCCAGCAUAAGGAUGUGAACUACGCGGUGGUGAUAAGCACUGAAAAUGGAGGUGUUCGUUGCAACCAGAACCAGAAGAAAGGGAUCGCAAAUUGAUCGUUUUGUGGGUAGAGAUCGCACUGCGUUUUACGACCGUUUCUACACUGCGCGAAAAUUUUCGCUGCCAAAACGAAACUUAUUAGAUUCCCAUAGAAUUCCUAUGGGAAUAUACAAGAUUCCUAAAGGAA